GUUGUCAACAAAACAGAAAGAAUCAUGCUGAAUGAGAUCUGAUCAAAAUAAUUUUUUUAAGAUAUUAAUCUUUGUGAAUGAAUGUAAUAGUUGCAUAGCUACUUCGAUAUUUAUAUAAAAAACCUACGGUCACUACCAUACAUACUGGGUCGAAAAAACAUUUGCAAUGGUCGACCUAAUGAAGAGGGCGCUUGAGCUAGCGAAGGAAGCUCUGGUCGCGCAGGAGGUACCCGUUGGUUGCGUGUUCACAGAUGGCGAAAGAAUAAUCGCAGAAUCAAGAAACUGCGUGAACUUAACUCGGAACCCUACAAGACACGCUGAAAUCAACUGUAUAGACACUGUAAUUGACUACUGUAAAACAAAUAACGUAAAUUAUAAGGAAUUGUUUCGCAAAAUAACUGUGUAUGUAACAGUUGAGCCGUGUAUAAUGUGUGCAGCAGCUCUCAAUGACCUACAUGUUAAGGAAGUAGUGUAUGGUUGCGCUAAUGAUAGGUUCGGAGGAAAGACUGUAGUAGACGUUAGUCAUUACUAUGAACACAACUACACACUCACUGGGAACCUGAUGGCAGAUGAGGCCAUGGCGUUGCUAAAACAGUUCUACAAGGGUGUCAAUCCUAAUGCACCAGAACCUAAAGUGAAAAAGAAAAAGGAUAAUGAAUGAUGUUGUAAUUAGUGUUAUGAAUAUAAAAAGUUACAUCCAUUAGAUGCAAGAAUUUAUACCAAUUACAAUAUAUGUUUACCCCCUUAUUCAUAAAAUUUACUGACCUGACUUAGUUUUUUUUAGCAAGCAAGGUAAACAAUGUAACAAGCCUGUUAAAAACGCUUUUUUAAAAUCAGUAACUGUUACUUAUAAUAGCAAAAGAAUGUAAAUGAUUGUAUAUGAUUUAUAAUUGUACAUGUUACACAUUUACCGUGAAUUAGUUUACAAAGGUGUUUUUCAAUAAAAAGACAAGUCAAAAUCACUUACCUUCUUUCUAAUGCUAAAAGAUCGAUCGAAUUAUUGUUUCACUUAUAAUGUAAAACAACACAAUAAUUCCAUUACAUACUGUAAUAUUUUGUAAAUGUAUACCAAGAUUUAGUUGAGAGAAUGUAAGUAUUGUAAUAAAAAUCAUCUAAUUUA